AUGCAUUUUGAGGCGGGGACACGUCCACCCAAAAACUUAGAAGAAAUAUUGAGGAUUCUCGGCGCCAGUAUAUCACAGUUUUUUGAUCGCAAAAUUGACUAUGUGAUCACCAACCUGCCAAAAGAUCGUUGGCCAUUGCAACCUUCACUGUCUCCAGGGUGCUCAUCGAAGGAGAAUGUUGACCCGAGGUCAGAAAAGUCGCCACUACUAUCCACAGGGACGCAUCCUUCCUCCACCGUGGAAAACCCACCUUUGGGUGUCACUAGAGGGCGUGCAAUGCUGCUUGCCGUUAAAAAGGCAUCGAAGCCCUCCGCUGCUUCCUCCGCAACCGACCAAUCUGUUCCGGGAACUAGACAUACUCACGAUGUCCUUUUGCGAGCUCAGGAGUUCGGCAGUAAAGUGCUGACAAUCGGUGUUGUAAGAAAGUGGAUACGAGCACUUCCUGAGGAUGUGAAAAUGCAACUGGAGAUCGGCGAGAGUUUCUUCUUUGAUAGCGACACAACCCCAGAACAAGGCGAUCCGGAACUCGACCGUUUAUGGCUCUUGAGACCUUUGGCGCGCCCAUGCAUCAAAAUAGUUGACUUAAAGGCACGAACACGGCCAAAUUAUAUGGAGAAUACGAAUUACAUGGAGUGCCUCUGGCGAUCCUUCAUGGGUUCUCCAUCUGCAGCGGCAUCCUCCGUAAAGACCCCUGCUCUUCACGACGCUCCACAAACACCCACCACUCCUGCCGGCACCUGCACGACUCCUCAGGCCAGUGUUGAACUCCCUCCCUCUACCAAUGUUUUUACUUCUCAGCGCACCACUGGGCCGUCCAAACGCGACCCCGGGGCCAAGGACUCCCCGGGAGUGUCCCUUAUUCGAUCUAGCUACAGAGGAUUCUCCUCUUGCAAGCGUCGGAAGAUUUCAACCAAACGGUCUCGAGGGGCUCUUGCAGAGCCCUCGGGAUAUUGCGAAUGCUGUUCGUCCCACUUCAACAAUCUGUAUGCGCAUGUCACCGGAACGUACCACAUGAAUUACGCGGAAAAUGCGGAAAACUUUCGUCAGCUUGAUCAGCUUCUCUCUGAACUGCCGUCGAUAAAGGAGGUAUUGGCAAAGGCUCGAGGCGCCAAAGUCCUAAACAUAGCUCCGCCUCCCGAUGCAGAUGCUCCAGCUUCUCCGAGCAGACAGGCUCAGAAGACGACGCUGCAACCAACCCAAGCUGCUCACGAGUCAAUUGACGAUGCCGUGAUGGAUUUCAAUGCCCUUCCACCUCUACCCACACCCUCUAUUCCACAAGACCGCGAAGUGAGGGACAUUUCCGCCUCACAGCUCUUCAGCGAAAGUGGUGAACGCAGUGACAUUGGUAUUAUGGGUAAUCUGCCUUCUUCGCUGAUUGUUAGUGAAGCGCCUCCGACACUCCAGUCCAUAUCGAUUAAUGCUCCUGCCACCUAUUCGUCCCUACUCCCUCCGCUUCCACUGUCACCUUCCGUCGCUCCUGUGCAGCACUCAGAACAGACUACUAUAAUGCCUUUUCUAGGAGGUUUUGCAGACGGAGGUGAAUUCGACUUCUCCGAUUCCGUUCACUACCCUCCUCCUAAUUUCCCACCGCUCUUAUCAUCCCCUCAUGCUCUUCCUCAGCCCGCGGCCACCUUAGAUUUGUCUUUUGAGUCCACCUGCCGGCCACUUUAUCUCCCCAGGGGACCUCCGAACCUUCACUCAGUUCUCCACAGAUCACAAGCACCCAUCCUUCGGGAGCCAGCUCCAUCAUUGACUUCGAUGGGGCUACCGAUGACGCCUCCACGGAUCGGUACCUGUACUGUGCAAGAGAUCAUCAGUUCCGUCGUCAUUUCAUCGCCACCAAAUGACCCAUCGGCUGCUUCAUUGCCACCACCACGAAGGGACACCUCGCCAGUACUCAAGAAGCGCUUCAGAAAAUGCACUAAAUGCCAAUGCGUUCAUGUGCCCACUGAAGUGCCAAUACAGCUGAGGUUACAGUGCGGAGGAGCCUCACCCGACCGCACUAGAGACACGCAGACACGUCCCUUGCCGCCACCAUGCUCCCACUUUCUGUUGCCUCAACGGAGCCGUGCACAGCCAAGCAAGCGUACUAGAGGCAUCGCACAAAAGACUAGACCCAAGCCCUCAUUCCCCUGUGCCGUUUGUGGAAGUAAUGUGACCUACAAGGUUUGGAGUGUGCUCUGCUCCACCUGCGGUCUCUGGGUUCACGCCAACUGCUCGAAAAUGAAUCCGGUGCAGAUUCGAAAACUGCCGCAGUCACACUCUUGGAUAUGCCCCACCUGUCAUAUGAUGGCGCUCUUCGGGUCCUUAGCAACGUUAGAUGAUUUCUGUCCCAGACUUUCCCCCCUCACCGUCAUUCCCGCACCCUUUGAUCCGGCCGAAGAGGGUGGAGGUCCCGCUUUCUCCAACGAAGAACCUAAGUGCACGCUUCUGUCAUCUAGUAUAGUCUCCUCAUGGAACAACAUCCCGUCGAGGGGUCGACCAAUUGACUCAAAAGCCGUCAACCAGGGUAAUACGUGUAUGUCCGCACAGUCACCUAUUCUUUUGGAGGCCGAUCCCGUGGAUCUUGAUGCGCUUUCCAACGAUCAGGACUUCCAGCCUCCAAUGAUUAAGAUUUCUUCUGGUGAUGAGGGGCGUGUUGAAGAUGUUGUCCAACGAUCUCCUCCUCUGGUGGAUGAUACAGAAAAUCUCCCCUUGGUAGUUGUUGAUCAAGAACAUGACUUCCCAAGAUCUCCGGUUCUGCUCGAUGAAUCGAUGAGUUCCAUUAGGAUACAUGAUGAACCUGCUUUAGUCAAGCCAAUUAUAAUCUCUCCAGAUAAUAGUGAGGAAGCAGAGGAGGGAGUUAGUGAAGAUACUCCAGGCGAAAAUCAAACAACGACAGCGGAAUCUGUUAACAGGGUAGCUUCUCCGCUUGAACAGUCGAUUGGAGGCGUUCAGGAUGGUGACAGAUACCUCCAACCUAUCAUUUUAAGUAACCGUAGCGAUUCUCCCACCAAUCGGACGAGGCAAAGAAGAAAAAUAAAGACAAGAAGACGUACUACAGAACCAGUUGGUAGAGGGAGCGGCAAUGUCUUUUCGUUUGGAAGCUACGAGGACCUAGAGCCUAAUUUUGAGACUGGUCCCAACUCGGGAGCGACGCAACGCGUGUCUGAGCAAUCCUUGGUCGACAGUGGGGCGACGGCGGUGUCGGGACUGCCCAGUCCUCUGCUUCGCCCCGUCCUCAGUCCCGAAGUGACUUGUCUCGCAGCACCGCGUCAGCAAGACCAUUUACCUCGCAGGGCCUCCCUCGUGGCUCGCGAAUCCAUCAACCUCUCCCUGCAGGCUCUCUACACUCCAAUUAAAUUCGGCUCCGAUAGAUUAUUUUGCUUCAAUCCUGAUGCGGAGAGCGCCUCGCAGGUCGCCUCCGAGAGGUCACUUGAUGCAUACAACAGCGACGGCUCGUCUAAUCUCUUUCGCCGGAUAAAAGAGGAAUCCCAAUCUGACGCAGAGCCUGUCCCCUCUCUUGCCUCCGAGGCCAUUCCUCCCAGUCGUGCCUCCCUGGUUUCGGGACCCUCAAGUAAAAGAGGGGAGAAGGAAAAGGUUGCCAUUGAAAAGGCAGAAGAAACUGCGAUUACAUCAGCAAGAAAGAAGCAGGAGCAAAAACGCAACCGUCUCUCUCCACAGACGAGUGAUAGCGACGUGCCCCCCCAACCGAGGAAGAGACGGAGGCGGCUACGCAUCGGCGUUAAGUCCUCGUGCGACUCCACACAUCCACAAGUGGUAUGA